UUGAUAAUUAUUAUUAUUAUUAUUAUUAUCUUGUUUACUAUCUUGUUUACCGUCUUGUAUCUCGUUUACUAUCUUGUUUACCGUCUUGUAUCUCGUUUACUAUCUUGUUUACCGUCUUGUAUCCCAGUUGAGUGGUGAGUGAAAUGGUUAAUGGCUCUGUCACCUGUUGCGCUGCGUCUGGAUGAAACGCAGCGCGCGCAGAGAGCAGGCGCGUCUCCACGGGGCAGCCGUCAUGUCUGUGGACAGAAACCAGUCCGCGUGAGUUUUGUAUGAAUCCGGCACGGAGAUGGACCUUCCCUCCGUGAACUCCUCGUCGUGGAAAGCCGAGUCCGUGCUCAUCUCUCUGGGGUUUUCUCUCAUCUUCGUGCUCGGCACGGUGGGGAACUGUCUGGUGCUCGCGGUCUUGUUUCGUAACGGACAGAUGAACCACAAAACCACCAACAUGUUCAUCCUGAACCUGGGGAUCGCAGACCUGAGCUUCAUCCUCCUGUGUGUGCCGUUCCAGGCCACCAUCUACACCCUGGAUGAGUGGGUGUUCGGAGCGGUGCUCUGUAAGCUCGUGCACUUCUGCAUUUUUCUCACCAUGUACGCGAGCAUCUUCACGCUGACGGCCGUGUCCGUGGACAGGUAUUUGGCGAUCUGCUACCCGCUCCGUUCUCGACAGAUGAGAACCCCGAGGAAUGCUCUCACCUCCAUCUGCCUGGUCUGGGUCCUAGCUCUGGUUUUCUCCGGUCCGUACCUCAGUUACUACUCCCAGCUGGACCUGGCGGGUUCUUUGGUUUGUAUUCCAGCCUGGGAGUCCAAACCUCGCUUCAUCAUGGACGUCUGCACCUUCAUCUUCGGCUACCUUGUCCCCGUCCUGGUGCUCAGCCUCACCUAUGCUCGAACCAUCCGCUACCUGUGGACCAGCGUGGACCCCAUGAAGGACAUGUCUGAGUCCAGACGGGCUAAGCGUAAAGUCACUAAGUUGAUCAUCAUCGUUGCCGCCCUCUUCUGCCUCUGCUGGCUCCCUCAUCACCUCGUCAUCCUCUGCAUGUGGUUCGGGCGCUUCCCGCUCAACCACACCACCUACGUCCUCCGGAUCCUGUCCCACCUGGUGGCCUACACCAACUCCUGCCUCAACCCCAUCGUCUACGCGCUCGUCUCAAAGCACUUCAGGAAAGGGUUCAGGAAGGUGUUCAGCUGCUCGGCGAGGAGGAGGGACGUCAACAAGGUGCACGUGGUCCAGGUGGUGAAUACGGUGAGCAGUGAGGAGACGUCGAAGUGAAGACAACAGACCAUGAGACCUAGAGAAAGAAGAGCCAACUGAACAUUGAGAACUGUAAAUACUGUUAAAGACAUGUUGGGCCAAGUAGACUCAUAUCAGAGACCGACUUCAAUGACCGAUGACGCCAAAGACAACCAAGAAGCUGCAGCGCUCCUCCACCGCUCAAUCAUUUAAAACAGUAUAGAAACGCUUUUAUGUGAACAAAGACAAAAGAAGUAUCUAACAUAGUGUAAGGCUUUUAUUUUGCCAUCAUUCUGGUGGCUAAAAUAGUCACAAAUAUUUAGAUUUUUAUGGUGAUGAUGUUGCUAAACCAGGUCCAUGGAUCACAUAGACUGAUUGAUAAACAAAUGCAACUUUUUUCAGUUCCUUCCUGGCAUGAAGCGUGACUCCAGCGACUGAAAUGAAUGUUGAAGAUAGAUCUUAGGAGGUCAGUCCCUGUCCAGACUGGAGUUUUUGCAGUGAUGGUUUGGCUGUUAGAGGUAUUUGCCAGUAGUAAUUGUAGAUGCAUCUAGAACAUCUAACUAGUGUAGAAAAUGUCAUUUUUGUUUCAGAAUUCAGUUCAAAACUUUCAUAUAUUCUGGAUUCAUUACACAUAACUGAAAUAACUCUAGCUACAUGUAUAUACUUUCUAUUUCAUCUUGGUUAUGUUAUCUCUCCAUGUUUCAUAUUUUUUUGUACUUUUCUGAACUUCUUUUUUGACUAAUGUUGCUCCAGUACCAGAGUUUCCCCUCCGAGGAUCAAAAAAGUUUUAUCAGUCUUAUGCCCUAUUUGCACAGGAUUAGUAUUACCUAGGGAUGCCUGCUUGUUUGUGUUAAUCGGGCAGGACUUUUGUGUUUUUAAUCCCGUGCGGACUGACCAUGUCUUUAAUUCACAGGGUGAAAAUUCCAGAUUUAACACGUGACCGUAUUUCAGCACACAGAAGUCCACAGGUAACACUAACCCUGUGCGAAUCCGCAUCUCUGUGAUUUAGGGGGUAAUUAUGUUUUUGUACGGAUACAUUCUGAUAGAGUAAAAUUUACGAUGCUUAUAGUAAACUUUAGAUAACCUCUCACAAACUCUCAGCUCUUUCUUGAAGUCCAUCCACGACAACCGUUUGUCAGAAUCAGGAUUGAUAUAGCGUGUCUGUUUGGAGGAAGUGUCCACAGACUCUCCACUGCUGUCUGUCUGACUGUUUUGCUUCAUUUAUAUUUUCUAUUAGGGUUCCACGGCGGUGCAGGGGUUAGCGCUGUUGCCUCACAGCAAGAAGGUCCUUGGUUUGCGUCCCGGCCAGGGCCUUUCUGUGUGGAGUUUACAUGUUCUCCCUGUGCAUGCGUGGGUUCUCUCCGGGUACUUUGGCUUCCUCCACCACCAAAAACAUGCUCAUUAGGUUAGUUGGUGACUCUAAACUGGCCAUGAGUGUGAACGUGUUGGGUUGUCUGCAGUGUUGGGGGUAAUCUGUUAGAGUACUCAGAUUACUUUUUUGGAGUAAUGAGUAACGUAACGCGUUAGUUUUACAAUUCAAGUAACCCCGUUACUAGUUACAAUUUCAUAAA